GCGCGCUGUGUGUGACGUGUAGCCGAGCCCAUGUAGUGUUGACGUGUCUCUAAAGCGCUUCCUCUCGUAACGCGGCGGUGAGACUCUGCCGGUGGCUCCACACGGGGAGCUCAGAUACUGAACGACUUGGACGGGAAAGAACACCAUGGCUAUUAAAUUCCUGGAAGUAAUAAAACCGUUCUGUGCGGUUCUACCCGAAAUUCAGAAACCAGAAAGAAAGAUCCAGUUCAGGGAAAAGGUGCUAUGGACAGCCAUCACUUUAUUCAUCUUUCUUGUGUGCUGUCAGAUUCCUCUUUUUGGGAUCAUGUCUUCAGAUUCAGCCGAUCCAUUCUAUUGGAUGAGAGUCAUUCUGGCCUCCAACAGGGGUACUCUGAUGGAGUUGGGUAUCUCUCCUAUCGUGACCUCUGGCCUCAUCAUGCAGCUGCUGGCUGGAGCUAAAAUCAUUGAGGUCGGAGACACGCCUAAAGACCGAGCACUGUUCAAUGGAGCUCAGAAACUGUUUGGCAUGAUCAUCACCAUCGGCCAGGCUAUCGUGUAUGUGAUGACUGGCAUGUAUGGAGACCCCUCAGAGAUGGGUGCUGGCAUCUGUCUUCUCAUCAUUAUUCAGUUGUUUGUUGCGGGUCUAAUUGUGCUGCUGCUGGAUGAGCUGCUUCAAAAAGGCUAUGGUUUGGGCUCAGGAAUUUCUCUCUUCAUCGCCACCAACAUCUGCGAGACAAUUGUGUGGAAAGCCUUUAGCCCAACUACAGUCAACACAGGCAGAGGUACUGAAUUUGAGGGUGCCAUCAUUGCCCUGUUCCACUUAUUGGCAACACGUACCGAUAAAGUGCGAGCUCUGAGAGAGGCCUUCUACAGGCAGAACCUGCCCAACCUUAUGAACCUCAUUGCUACAGUUUUUGUCUUUGCUGUGGUCAUAUACUUCCAGGGCUUCAGAGUUGACCUGCCUAUCAAGUCUGCACGUUACCGUGGUCAGUACAACACCUACCCCAUUAAACUCUUCUACACCUCCAACAUCCCCAUCAUUCUGCAGUCUGCUCUUGUGUCCAACCUCUACGUCAUCUCUCAGAUGCUUUCUACACGGUUCAGUGGCAACUUCCUUGUCAAUCUUUUGGGAACCUGGUCUGAUACAUCAUCUGGUGGCCCAGCUCGUGCCUACCCUGUAGGAGGCCUGUGUUACUAUCUCUCACCUCCGGAAUCUUUUGGUUCUGUGCUGGAUGAUCCGGUUCAUGCAGUCAUCUACAUUGUGUUCAUGCUGGGAUCUUGUGCCUUCUUCUCCAAGACAUGGAUCGAAGUGUCUGGGUCUUCUGCCAAAGAUGUGGCCAAACAGCUCAAGGAACAGCAGAUGGUGAUGAGGGGGCAUAGAGAAACCUCCAUGGUACAUGAACUCAACAGGUACAUCCCCACAGCAGCUGCAUUUGGUGGAUUGUGUAUUGGUGGUCUGUCUGUCAUGGCUGAUUUCCUCGGUGCCAUCGGGUCAGGAACAGGAAUCCUGUUGGCAGUCACAAUCAUCUACCAGUACUUUGAGAUCUUCGUUAAGGAACAGAGUGAAGUUGGAAGCAUGGGAGCCCUACUCUUCUAAAUUCUUUUCAUAUGGACACAUGCAUAUGCUGACAGACAUCUUAUCAAACUCUUUUUUUAAUGAGUGUUGUCAUCAUUUUAUUUUUUAUUUUCUUUUGUACAAUUUGAGUUUAAGUGGUCUGUUGUCACCAGUGCUGUCUUGAGCAAACUUCAAAUUAUUGGCCAUUUGGGCCUUGGAAUUUUUUUCUUUGGCCAGAAGGACAAAUAUUUCUACAAUACUCAGUGGUUAAUCAGUAAAGCUAGAUUGAGCUUGAAUGGUUGAUGGGUGGUCUCAUGUUUUUGAACUGCCCCACGUUGUUUCUUCAGAGUAUUUCAUCUAAUUUUUCUACAGUUGAUCUUAAGGUUCGUCCACAGUUUUUGCUUAGUGCUCUGCCAUAUCCCAUAUACUGAAGGCAGUGUUGAGGAGUGCCUCAGUUCUGUUUGACCACACAGUGGCCUGUCAGUCUUGCACUUCAGCAUCAUGCUGAAUAGUGUUUGUCACUGGUGGCGUUUUGUAAACUUUCCUGAGCAGAAUGGUUCACAUUGCCAUUGUUAGUGUUUGCUAGCUAGCAAAGGACAUUUGUGUUAUAAGCGAUAAGCAAUAGAAGCAGAUGUGCUUUGUAUUGUAUAAGGCCAUGUAAUGGAACAGUCCAACUAAGUUGGAAGAGAGAAGGUAAAACACACUAGAAAGUGUGGUCCAACAUUUCUGCCCUUUUUGUGAGAGAUUCUAUCCAAGCUGGAAACAUUUUGUCUACAUAAAAAGGUAGAAAUGAUUUUGAGUGAAAGUGUGAUUGGUCAAUGGAUGGUUUUCUGACUAAAAUGGUCUGGACCUUGUGGUUAUAAUAAACUUUUCACUUCCCUACACCAGGAAAACAAUGUUUUGAUGUCUUGUUGACUUUGUGUCUGUAUAUAUGACAUUUCAUUUAAUGUGCCACCAUGUAAAAUAACUUUUGCCGAUGUAAAAAGAAAUGCUGUUCCAAACCUCUUAUCUUCUGGAAAGAGUGCUCAUUCUCAGUAAAGGCUCUUUUUGUGAGAA